AUGGCGACGGACAAAAUAGCAACUGUUGCUGAUGUGGGAAUAAAAGAGCAAGACCGAUGGAAGUGGGAUGUGUCUUUCAGGAGGAAGUUUUUUGAUUGGGAGCUGGAGCAACAUCAAAGGUUUCUGAAAUUGACAAAUUCUGUUGUGCCUAUUGACGAAGACGAUUUUCUAUACUGGAAGGGGGAUAAUGCUGGGUUGUUUUCGGUAAAAGGGUUGUGUCGAUUUGUUGAAGACAAGAAAUAUGGUAGAACAGAUUGGCAGAUUCCAAAAUCAAUCAAACAGAUGAUUCCGGCAAAGGUUGGUGUGUUCAUGUGGCAGCUGCAAAGGGAUCGUGUCGCAACAAAGGCUUGCUUGAUGACACGAGGGAUGGUCUUACCGGAAGAGGGGAUGUGUAACAUGUGCACUUCGAAUGUGGAGUCUUCUGCUCAUUUGUUUGUUCAUUGUGAAAUUAUAUGGCAGUUCUGGUGCCGUAUAAUGCAGCGUGAAGGACAAAACUGGGUCGUACCUCAGGACAUGAAGAGCCUUCUACUAGAGUGGGGGAAUUGGAGAAUAAAAACAGACAAGAUUUUAUGGGACAUCAUAUCGUACGCUCUUUGCUGGAGUAUUUGGCUAGAGAGAAAUAAUACAGUGUUUAAUGAUAAGACUUUUUGUGCUGAAUCUGUGUGGGAUCUUCACUUGGCUAGGAUAUAG